AUGGGCACCAAGGGCAAAGUUAUUAAAUGCAAAGCAGCUAUCGCCUGGAAAGCAAACAAGCCCCUCAGCGUUGAAGAGGUUGAGGGAGCUCCCCUCAAGGCUCAUGAAGUUCGAAUUCAGAUAAUCGCCACCACCUUGUGCCAUACUGAUGCCCAUGUCAUCCACCCUCAAUUUGAGGGGUUUUUCCCAGUGAUCCUUGGCCAUGAGGCUGCAGGAAUUGUGGAAAGUGUUGGGCCAGGAGUGACCAACUUCAAACCAGGUGACAAAGUAAUUCCACUCUAUACACCUCAAUGUGGAAAAUGCAAGUUCUGUCUGAGUUCACACACAAAUUUUUGUGGAAAAAUCAAGCAUUUCAAAAAUCCUGUGGGUGAUCAAAAAUUAAUGGAAGACAAAACUAGCAGGUUUACCUGCAGAGGAAGACUUUACCAUUUCAUGGGAACCAGUACCUUCAGUCAGUACACUGUAGUGUCAGAUGUUAACCUUGCCAAUGUUGAUGAUGAUGCCAAUUUAGAGAGAGUUUUUGGAUGUGCAUUUUCAACUGGCUAUGGUGCUGUAGUCAACAUUGCCAAGGUCACACCUGGCUCUACAUGUGCCAUCUUUGGCCUAGGAGGUGUCAGUCUUUCAGCUGUAAUCAGUUAUAAAGCAGCAGGAGCUUCCAGAAUCAUAGUUAUUGACAUCAAAAGUGAGAAGUUUACAAAGGCCAGAGCCCUUGGAGCCACCGACUGCCUCAAUCCUAGAGACCUAGAUAAACCCAUUCAGGAGGUCAUCGUUGAAAUGACCAAUGGAGGUGUGGAUUUUGCCUUUGAGUGUAUAGGUGGAGCUAAAAUCAUGCACGCAGCCUUAAGCAGCAAAACAGUAGGUUGGGGGGUAUGUAUCAUUGGAGUAAACGUUGGUGACAACGGAUUGAGUGUUUCUGCAGUGGAGCUAAUAAUGAUGGGCCGUACUCUAAAUGGAACAAGCUUUGGUGGUUGGAAAGGUAUCGAUUCUGUCCCAAAGCUGGCUGCUGACUACAAGAAUAAGAAAUUCGAUCUGGAUGCACUGAUGUCCCAUACCCGCUUUGACAAAGUUAAUGAGGCAUUUGACCUAAUGUACCAAAGAAAAAGCAUUAGGACAGUCCUGCUCUUUUGA